CAAAUAAAUAAAACCAAAAAAAAAAAAAUUCCCUCCCGUCGGUGCUUCUUCUCCGAUUCGUCUUCUUCAUGAUAAUAAUCACGCAUUUGUCUCCAUGAAAGUGUGCCACCAUCACAGUAACACUCUACACUGACUCUCGAGAAAUUGUAGGGAGAGAGAGAGAGAGAGAGAGAGAGAGAGAGGUUUCGCGCCCAGCUUUCUCUCACAUACCCACGCGCUACAUGGGCCAAGACGGCGUUUUAUCUGCUCAAAAGAGACCCGGAGCGCUGCCCACCACCGCUACAGACGCCAUGAAUGGAGAUGCCAGGAUCCGAGCUAACCCCCAGGUCCCUCGCGGCCGCCAGAUCUCGCGGACCUUCAACAACAUCAAGAUCACCAUCCUCUGCGGCUUCGUCACCAUCCUCGUCCUCCGCGGCACCAUCGGCGUCGGCAACCUCGCUUCCUCCGACGCCGAGGUCGAGAACUCGUUCCUCAUCGACGAGACCAACCGGAUCCUCGACGAGAUCCGGUCCGACAAGGACCCGGACGAUCCGGAGGGCCAGUCCGGGGAUCGGUUCCUCAGCCCCAACGAGACCUUCUCGCUGGGCCCCAAAAUCACCGGAUGGGACGAACAACGGAAGGUAUGGUUCGAUAGACACCCCAGAUUUCCUAGUUCCGUUAAGGGGAAACCUAGGGUUUUGCUUGUUACCGGGUCGCCACCGACCCCGUGUGAGAAUCCGGUUGGGGAUCAUUACUUGUUGAAGGGUGUGAAGAAUAAAAUUGACUAUUGCAGGAUUCAUGGGAUUGAGAUUGUGUAUAAUUCGGCCAAUAUGGAUAGGGAAAUGGACGGCAACUGGGCCAAACUGCCUUUGAUAAGGAGGCUAAUGCUUUCCCAUCCCGAAAUCGAGUGGAUUUGGUGGAUGGACAGUGAUGCUUUCUUCACCGAUAUGGCUUUCGAGAUCCCUCUGUCAAAAUAUGAUAGCCAUAAUCUUGUUAUCCAUGGAUACCAGGAUUUGUUGUUCGAUCAGAAAUCAUGGACUGCAUUGAGUACGGGUAGUUUUCUCAUUAGGAAUUGCCAAUGGGCACUAGAUUUGUUGGAUGUUUGGGCUCCAAUGGGGCCUAAAGGACCUAUUCGUGAGGAAUCUGGAAAGACUUUGACGGCGAAUUUAAAGGGUAGACCCGAAUUUGAAGCUGAUGAUCAAUCUGCACUGAUAUAUUUGCUCAUGUCGGAGAAGGAUCAGUGGAUGGAUAAAGUGUUUCUUGAGAACUCGUAUUAUUUGCAUGGAUAUUGGGCGGGAUUGGUGGAUAGGUACGAGGAGGUGAUGGAGAAGUACCAUCCUGGAUUUGGUGAUGAGAGAUGGCCAUUUGUUACGCAUUUUGUGGGAUGCAAGGCGUGUGGGAGCUCUGGGGAUUUCCCGGUCGAGAAAUGCGUGAAAAGCAUGGAAAGAGCUUUCAAUUUUGCGGAUAAUCAAGUUCUUAAUUUGUACGGGUUUAAGCACAGGGGCUUGUUGAGCCCUAACAUCAAGAGGAUCCGGAAUGAAACUACUCUUCCACUGCCGAACGUAGAUCGAUAUGAUUUUCGACAUGCAAAGCAUGAGAGCUAAGAUUACACCAUCUUCAAUAGUCUUGAAUCUGUAGUGUAUAUGGGCUUCUGUCUUCCACACAAUGUGCUGAUCAUUCAUCAAUGUUCUUAUCUGUCCAAGACGACAACAUGAAACAUUUGGCAUGAGGGCCGACUACUUGUACCUGUUUCUCACGCAAAACAAGUUUGUGUUAGCUUUACAUACUUUCACCGGCAUUCUCAGGCUCUUGGCUUCAAAGGAAGAUGACACGCACAAGUGUAAACUGCAUCAACGUUUUCGACUCCAAAGGAUGGUUUGAUGCCUGUUCCUGUUAUAGCUGCCAUUAGAAUUUGCUAGAUUAUAAGUACAGUGCUGAUGGUUUCAAGUUUGAGGCUAUCUGGAGAGGUGUGUUUAGAUGUGAGCAGAGCAUACAUAUACAAUUUGCAAUUUCUUGAUCAUUCUUUUCCCUAAAACUUCAUAGAUUCCCUUUCAGGUUUAAGGCUAUUCUUGUAGUUUGGAUUGUAUGGGCAAUAAGUUUAUUAUCUUUUACUUAACUAGUCAUUUCCAAUUUUUUUUCCCUGUGAGUAGUGUCAAUCAUCACUCAUGACCAUAGUUUGUUGACCUUUUC